AUGACAACACCAUCGAACUUUAACAGUGUAACUAUGCUACCGGGUGCAUCAUAUUUCUAUCCAACAACAGCAUCACAAGCAUCAUCAAAAUGGUUUACUGAUGGACAUCAUCAUCAUCAUCAUCAUCAUCAUCAUCUUCUUUCAAAUCAACCACCAAAUUUGGAUGAUCAAAUUCCACGAAUUGUUACUUCAAGUGGUUUACGAACUUUAUCAACCACAGAUCAUCUCAAAUAUUCCACUGAUGUUCGAUGGCCUUCUGAAUUUGCUUAUCCAAUAUCAAGUAUUCAUUCAGCUGCAGCUGCAGCAGCUGCAGCUGUUUCAGUUACUCCAUCGGAAGCAUAUCCAACUGAUCCAUUUCCAUCUACUUCAAUGGCGCAAUUAUCUGGUAACUGUUGCUUGAAUCGUUUUGAUAAUACCGGAAGUUGUUACUAUCCAAAUCCUGUCCUGUCAUCACCAUAUAAUACGUCACCAACCAAUGAACAUUUUACCGCUGCGGAACAUAUCGCUCAUUGGAAGGUCCAAAUACGUGCAAACGUGCAAAUACGUGCAAAUGUACAAAUAUAUACAAACGUACAAACGUGCAAAUAUGUAUAA